AUGAAUUCGGAUUCUUACGCAAUAGCAAUUGAUCAUAGUCAUGGCCGCCAACAGCAAAACAAUUCCCCAAGUGUUUCUUCUUCUUAUUGGGACGAAGAAGUAACUCGUGACGGUCAAACUAUGCCAACGAGAUGCAGAGCUUGUGUUACCACCAUCGCCGUCGUCCUGAUCGUAGCCCUAGCAACCACCCUUCUGGCCGUAAUCAUCUACGAAGCUAGUAAGUAUAAUACAAUUAGUCAUGAUGUCCGGGAAACCCGGUUUCAGGUUGAUGCCAUCUCAUUCUCCCCAAUCUCAUCAUCCCCCUCCGCGAAUUGGACCAUCGGAAUCUCGGCAGUGAAUCUCGCCCCCAAGAGUUUUGCGAGUUUUCGUAACGUUGAAGUAUGGGUCUGGUACGAUGCUUAUGAUAAGAAAGUACGUUGGACGUGGAAUUCACACAUGCUUCUCGCGACGGCGGACGUGGAGGAUUUCGGUCUAGCUCCGCUGCAGCAUACGAAUAUAAGUGACAUACACGCGGCGGCUCUGUUGGAAUCGCCGGUGGCGCGUGCAAUUGCGGAUGAUAUUCGUACUAGAAGGAGGGAAUGGGAUGACGGAAGGCUCAGGUUUGGGGUGAGUAUCCGGUUCAACGCCAUGUAUCGUGACCGUGACGUCACUUCUUACAUCACUUCGAAAGCUCGUUGCGGGGAUUUGAGAUUCCGGCCGUCGCCCACGCAGCAGAAUACGUUCAUUGCGGAUACACCUAAGCAUUGUCGCGUCGGACACGUUCGUGAAGAAGAAUAUUCCGGUUGA